GCGGCCGGGCCCCGCUCAUUUGGCCGCUAUUAGGUUGCUAAAGCCGUGACCCGGGUCGCUGUUUUUUUCCUAAACGCUGGAGCUUAGGGCAUGCUUCAGUGAACUAAAUUGCUACCGCGGACGGGAUCAGCCGAGCGCCCGGGCAGCUGGUAUUCGGGGGUAGUGUUUAUGGCUCUUUAAUGAAUAUUGGCUCCAUUCGUCUGUGAAAGAUCGUAUCGCGGGCGUGCACCUCAGCCGGGAUCGUGGCUGGUGUUUGCACUCACCCGCGCACCCUCGGCGGGCAAAAGCCCUGUGGCACGGCUGGCUCAUGAGCAGGUGGCUUUGUUUUAGUAUGGUACCUGCUUACCUGGUCUUCUCAGCCCAGCAGUGGGGGGGCGUGACGAGCACACCCCAUCGCUGCAGUCCUGUUGGCAUCCCAUUGCUCCAGUCUUGUUGCCUCGAGCCCUGUGCUGUGAACUGAUGCCCACUCCUUCGCCGGGAAGUGCUGCGAAACGUCAGCUGGGGCAGUGAAGAGCAGGCAUCUUCUGCCCAUCCCUGUUCGUUGUUGGUGUCAAGUGGGACCAGGAAGUAUUUGGAGUCAGAAUCUUGACUCUGUCAUUCAUACUUUUUCACACGGGAUGCUCACGGAUGUACGCUUUCCAGAGAGGCUCAUCAAAUGCAACAGAUGCAAAAGAACAUCUGGAGAUGCUCUUUUUAAUUAACAGAAUAUUUGCCAUGCUGAGAUGAGAGCUGCAUGUAGUGUCUAGCUUUUCCUUUUCUGACAGCUAACUAAACCAGAAAUACAUUAAAUUAAUACUUUGCUAUUCUUGUGUCUAUGGAGCUAACAUUUGUUUUGGUUUAUUGUGCCUUGCAACCCCCAAAAAAUGUUUUAGGCUCGCCUUUCUGAAUUUGAAUACUACAGAGAGACACUAGAAAAUGAGUCCUGUGUGGUAGAAAUGGUAGGCAGACUUCUCUUUAACAGCCUAGUUAAUGAAAUACUGAUAAUAAACUUGCUGGGUAUCAAGUGCAGCCUCAUAGUUCCUUGAGAGCCUGGAGCUGUUUCUGAGAUAUUUUUUUUCCUUUAUAAACUUAUGGCCAGAUGAAACUGGCCAUUCUGUACUUUUUCAAAUGCUUGCAUUAACCUUUGUGACUGCUACAGGCUGUUGUGUGGAAGGCCAACCACUCUGAGAACAAUAAAUUUAAUAAGCCUUGCAAAUUAAGAGCAUGUUUUUGUAUUAACUAAAGGGGGGAGGGGAUUAAAUAGCUCUGUUUUUUUUUUUUAAAAUUCCCCUGACUCUUAUUCUCCAGCUGAUCCUUUUCCGCUUUUUUGUUAUCUGGCUUUCUUUGGUGUCAGGUCUAAAAACAGUCAUUGAUCAUGAGGUUCAGGCACCUCAGAAAGUCUGCUCUAACAACAACAACAAAAAUUAUGAUGGUGAGUUAGACAACUAGCUGUGUACACCUGUUUUUGGCUUAUUGUCACAGUCUGCCCUGGUGUGAAGAUAGGCCUACUCAUUUUCUGUGCAAGACUUGAAGUUACAGUGUGAAUGUUAGGCUAUGGCUGUAGAACAAUUGUCUCAUUAUUUCCAUAGCAAAAAGAGCUGUACGUGUUAAGGAAUUUUGUGUUUUGUGCAUUUAUGUUGGGUUCUUGCACAUACAUGGGCAUGAAAAAACAAACAGAAGGUUUCUGGUUCCUCAUGUAGGGCACCUGUGUUGCAGCCUCCCUGCAGUGAGGUUUUCUCCCGUGCUUGCACUGUGAGGCAGAGAGCAAAGGAUGAGUUGUUUCCUCUUGCAGUAGUGCUGGGACAGAGUAUUUGACAAGUUUUGGUUAUCAGUGGGGCUGAGUGAGGGAGUAUAGUGGAAGGAGGUGAGGACAGAUGAGGUCAGGUUUGUUGCUGCAUGAACUCAGGGGUCAGUGCAUCUCCACAAGGAGUCUACCCUCAGCCAGCUUUUCCCAGACUUGCAUAGGAAGGUUCUUUUCCUGAUUUUAGCUGGAUAGGAGCUACAUUGAUGGAGACGUCUUUUUUCCAUUAAGAAUCAGAUCCCUAGAAGUAAUGAACAUCUGAAGCACCUUCCAAUAUCAUCAGGCUAUUGAAAGCGCUCAAAACCUUCUCAGAGUGAAGUCAGUUGGAGCCAGCUUGGACUAUGGCCUAAAACUUUUAUGGGCAGAUACCCAAAACCUGAGUAAUGCCUUCCCUACUUAAAGUGUGAUCCUCGAUUUAUGGCUAAUGCCAUUUGAUAAUAAAUUGGUACUAAAACAGUAUCUCCUGUGAUGCUCUGGUCUGUUUUUGUAGUUUUACAUUGUAACAAAAAAAGUAUCACUGGCCUCUGUAUCUUUGAUUACUAGAAGAGGCUCUUCAGCCUGGUGCCUCUUAUUUUUGCGUUGCUAUAAUUAUGAUGUUAGGAGUGGUGUGGUUUUUUUUUUUUUUUUAAAUCAACAUGAUUAAACCAAGUCCAACCUCUAAAAAAGAAUACAUCUUCACUCAGAGGCACCUUUUACUUGCACGUGUUGUUCUUGUUGUUCUGCUUGCAUUUAGUUAACUCUUUUAAAACAUACUAUGUGAACCCAGCUGCAUCAACAUAGAUUUGCAGGUUUUUGUGACUACAUAAUCUAGGGUACUGUCUGUAACCUUCUUCAGCUUCAUUCUUGCUACAUUGCGUCUGGAAGGAUUUUAGUGUAUUCAGAGACUUGUGCUGGUUGGCCUCUGUUCAGUAGACUAUGCUUAAUUUAAGGAGUUACGCCAUGAUGCAUCUUGUGAAAAGCAUGGCAUGUGACCAGUCUUACAGUUCUUGCUUGGAGAACUUGUGGGGAAACAAUAAAAAUGCUUUGGUUUUUCUUAUGUGCUGCUAUUACAAUGCAGAUUUUAAGCUCCUGAGCAGACUUUCACAAUAUACUUCUUCAGUGGCAUCUUCUACACUAGGUAAAGUUCUUACAUGCUUCUGUUCAAUGUAUCAGCCUGAUCUGUGUAGUAUUUUUAAAAAUUUUUGAAAACCGCUUGAGAGAGUGAUGUAGAAAUUUGAAUCUGUCUCUUCACAAAAGAAAGGUGUUAUAUUUGCCUAAGAGGUUUAUGAUAAAAACUUGAUAACCUGUUUAAUUUUGUAUUUUUAGCAUUUUCAUUAUGAUAACUUUUCCAUAAAUUAUAUCCCAAGAUACUAUGUACUGUCUUAGUUGUAGAUAAAAAUAUUUCUCGGGGAAGUAUUGAAGAGCAUAUUCUGACCUGAAAUGGAAGAUAACUCUUCUUGGAUGAUGAACUUCUUCAGCUUUAGUAAUUCUUUUUUUCAUUUUUUGGGGUCCCUUUUCUGAGGAGUUAAACAGGAACAUAGGUUCUGCAAUGUCAAGAGAGUGCACACUCCUAGUGUGCUAGAAUUCUUGUUGCUUUGUUGGGGAUUGGUUUCUUUUAACUAUAACAAGUUUGGGUGGGUUCUUGUUGUUCUUUUUACACUUGUUAGCAGAUACAAACUAUCCUGCUCCAGUAUGCAUGUACAUGAAAUCUAAAAUUUGGUAAGUUUUUGAGUGAAUUCAACUAAAUUUUCAAAUUUUAAAUGAAUAUAUAGAUAGGCCUUGAACUGACUUAAGAAUUUCUGCUUCGUUUCUGAACAGUCUUGACCUCACAAUCUAAAUAGUUAGUGUUCAGACAAAGUCUUGGUUGGGGAAAGCUGCAUAGUCCAAACUGGUGUUCGUAAAGUGUUAGUUGAUAUUAAAAAAAAAUAGAUGUUUUUGAGCAACAAUGUUUUGGAACAUUAGAUGUUUUUUCCUUUUUUGGGCUGCUUACUUUCUUUUAAAUAGUUAGACUCUUUAAUUUAAUUGGACAGGUUAGAUUCAGAAAAUGGCAAUGUGGAAUAGAUCAAGAUCACCUAGUGAUUCUGGUAUACUUCAGAUCCAGUCUUUCCAUUGCUGUUGCCAGUUCCAUUGUUUGCUGUCUGCAGGUCAUAGAAAACAUUUUUUUCUCACGCUGCAAAUUCGUUAGAGAGGCGUAUGUUUGAAGGUAAGAGUUUUACUUCACUGAAACUUUGUAAACCUGUAGAUGCUGUCCUUUGAAUAAGGAAAAAUGGGUUGAGGUCCAUACUAGCAACUCUGUAUUUUUCUUCUGAGGCACAUGUGUGAUUUGGAUACAUUGACUGCAACAUGAGCAGCCACGGUCUAUAGGCAGGGCCACUUACUGUUUGCUGAACGCCCCUCUCAUAGGAAUUCUGUCUUUUGUAAUGUAACAAUGAGGAAUGUUUGGGCUCUGUGUUGACUGAUCUAUCUGCUAUAACAACCUUGAAAACUUACACCUUCUGUAGAGCACAAGGGCUUGUAUUUUAUUAUCGUCCCUUCAGUUUGGGAAGUUGAUUACGCACAAGGAUGGGGGUCUGACAGUUGUUUCAAAAUAAAGAUAUAGCUGAAUGCAGGAAAGAAAACAACAGCUGUAAGGUGCAUGCAACUGCAUUAGUGUUUGGAUCAGAUGUGAAUCUUUCAAUUGGAGAAAGUAAUGUUUACCUAGGUUUGCAUUGCAGAGUGAUCGUAGAUGACAUGAAUUUAAUAUUUUUCAAAUCAAACCAAAGAUUUACAUCACUAAUGGGUUUUUACACCACAGGCCUAGAUCAGAAUUAGUGUCUGAAGCAUGUAGUAAGAAUACUUGGUCUUCAAUUCCAGCUCUUGCUAUGUAUUACCAGACCAUGUUGUUCUGCAGUGUGCUGCUCCUGAAUUCUUCAGUCAGACCUCCAAGCUUCAAGGCAACAUGGUGAUGAAUUUCACAAAAGGUUAGGAAUGCAAGCUUUUAGUAAGUGAGAAUGUCUGCAUUUAGUAAGGACAAAAUAUUCCUUCUAAUACCACAUGCUGAUUAACAUUUUUGGCUUGUUGUCAGUAUCAUCAGCUCAUGUUUUUUAAUACUGCCAGCUUGUGAUGUUUAUUCUUUUAAAUGGAGUUCUGAAGUUUUGUGAUUGUAUGAGGAUAUUAGCUCUCCAUUAAUAAAAGAAGCAUUUUUAGUUUAGUUUAAAACCACAAAUGUGGCCCAAAAAGCUGUAAAGCCCUAUGAAAAAAACCACAACAGUAUUUAAAAUGUUGUGCUUCUUUGUGUUUUGGCUCGUGCUGCUCUGCAUUAUGUUGGUUUUGCUGUUUUUCACUGUGUGCAGGAUAACUUUCUGAAGUGCAAACUGUCUGACUAUGGCUAUAUAAAAGUCCUUGUGGACAUAAGUAGGGUAUUUGCAAUCUAACAAAAGAUGGCUCAUGCCAGAGCUCUUCAGCAUACAGAAUUUAUUUUUUCUCUCUGGCAACCUGGUAAGGUGACUAUAUUAAUUGCCAGUGAGUGUGUAAGUAAGUUCCCUCUAUCUGAGAAAGAGACACAAAGCAGGAAAUGUAGCUGACAAGUGCUCUUACACUGGAUGCAGUCCUGCCCUAGAGCUUUGUUGCUUGUAAGAACAAACAGUAGGAAGAGUAUGAAUCUUUGAUGCUCUGCUGUAUGUUUUGGUGGAGGAACAGAAGAAAAAUUUGUUCACAGGACCCACAUUAGCUUUUGGCUUUGGAGAGUCUGAAUAAGCAAGAUGACAUCCAAGAUCCACUAGGAGCUGUUGAUAUGGGGGAAGAAGAGUACUUAAAAAACCAAAGAAAAUUCAGAGAAGGAUGCUCUUCAAUGUGGUAAUUGAAGAAAAGCAAUUUCUUCCAUACAAGCAGAGAUAAGUAGUUACAGCUCUUCAGUCUGAAGAAAAGACAGCUGACUGGUAUGAGGAGGUAAUAAUCUAGAUGUCUUUUGAAUCAGAAAGAGAUUAGGCAAUAAGCAAUUUUUUUCUGUACAGAAGAACUCACAGUUACAAUCCAGGAACUGUGUUUUCAUGUGAGUGUAGUUGGAUUCUCACUUGAGCAGUAAUGUUAGGGAGGUGAAAAUGAGUAGACUAGAUAUUUGUAGAGUGUCUUCAAACACAGGUCCACUGUGGGUCUAUAUUAAACAUGAUGUUCAGAUAUGAUGGUAGGAAAACCUGAAGUUGUGAUUACUGGAACAAAAGGAUAGGUCCGUGAGGUAUGAUUCCCUGGAUAUCCUGAUGCUUUUCUGUGGACUAAAGGCAUCCUCCUCAUUAUUCCUCCUCAUUGAGGAGGAAUCUAGAAUCAGUUCUUAAACAGGAAAUUGCAGUUAGGAAAUUGAGAUAUUCUGAGUGGUGUCCCAGAGUGCUGUCCAGUGUAAUCAGAAUUUCAUUGACUACACAGGAGGUGGGACUUUUCAAUUCAGAGGUAUUUAUGAAGCUACUUAAUCUGCUCCAGGGGCACAUACCUAACAGAUUCCUUCUGCUUGGAAGUAUGUAUGAGGAAAGGCUAUUGGCUUUCUGACAUCUGUGUUUUAACAAAUAUAUAACUUUUUAUGUAAGGCCCACAACACUGAGUAAACCUGAAACUGUAUAGACAACCUGUGUAGAGGGAUGAUGCACUCUACAAUGAGUGCUCUCUUUUCUCAGUACUUUCUUCUUGCCUAGAAACUUGCAUAAUUUCUGGUUUCAGCAAGACUGGAGAAAAGGUCCAGAAUUCUUGAGAAAUGUCUCUGCUGUUCUUGCAGCUAUUAAUUUUCUGCUGGCUAAUCUGUAUCUUACACUGCCUCAGCCACUGCAGUCCUGGAAACAGUCAUGGAAAACUGUUCUACUGAGAAUAUUGCCUAAAAGAGAGGAGAGCAUUGUUCUCUGGUGCAUCCACUUGAUUACUUUUUAUGAUGGCAAGAGAGUUCUUGGAUCUAGUCCUAUUUCCUGUUCACAUAUCAUUGCUUUUCCAUCAACAGCAGGUUUCUUCUAGUCUCUAAACUGAGAUUUAUUUUUCUAAUGAUUAUGUACAAGAAGAUUGGUAUUUUAGAAAUCUAAUUAUUCAGCAUUAGAGGAGAAUAUGAAAAUAUUUUCUGUGCCUUUUUUCCCUGAGAACAGUAUUAAAAAGAAUUCAGGGAGUUUAAAUUAGAAAUGUUAUUAAUGGAAUUUGCUAGAGGGCUGUGACAUCUUGUGCAAAAAGGGGAACCUUGGAAUUACUACUUGGAGUUCAGUAGGCAAGGUUAGCAAAUAGCAGUUCUGGUCAAAGUUCCUGCUACCUUUACUAUAGUGUUGUUGUGUGUGCUUUUGGGUACCCACAUGUUCCUUACAACACAUAAGCACUGAGAAUUUGUUUCAGGCUCCAUACUUAAAGGCACCUUAAAACCUGCAUAUUUUAUACACUUGUAUUGCUAAUUUUUGCAAUUUCAUACACUGAAGAAGAUGCAGGUAAGAAUAGAGGUGGAAAAACUUUUGCCUGGAAGAUCCAGCAGUUCCAAGUGAUUACUGGGUUGUAUCACUUCAUUAUAAAUGAGCAGAGGGUACCUUGAUAUUAAAUGUAUUAAAGAAACAUAUCACCAGAAAAAAACCCUCUAACAUCUUCCUUUUCUUGUUUUGCUUUCUGUUUUUGUGGUCUUGGAGCUGUAUGCAGUGCUGUAAUUUAUUUAGGAUUAUGUCACAGUGAGUUGAGGUUGAGACAUGUGAAAUCACAUCUGUGAAGAAUUAGUCUUGGUGGAAUUGUGUCAAAUAAGAAAUUCGUAGUCCAUCCUCAGCCUCUCUGGGUGACUGCAGAAGACAUAGAAUUGUGGCAUCACAGCAGAUUGGAAGUUGAGCAAGUUGAGGACUAUGUCUGAAUGUAUCCAGCUCUCAUUUGCUGUUUGUAGAAUUGGCAUUUACACGUGUUUUAGAGCACUUUGCUGCAAGGGACCGCCACCACCACGACCUGAGUAUGACUUGGUUUGCAUAGGCCUCUCUGGUUCUGGCAAGACAAGUCUUCUGUCUCAGCUCUGCAGUGAAAGCGCGGAGAAUAUCGUGUCUACCACAGGUUUUAGUAUAAAAGCAGUGCCAUUCCAGAAUGCAAUUUUGAACGUAAAGGAACUUGGAGGAGCUGACAAUAUCAGGAAAUACUGGAGUCGUUACUACCAAGGAUCCCAAGGGGUAAUAUUUGUACUAGACAGCGCCUCCUCGGAAGAUGAUCUAGAAACUGCUAGGAAUGAGCUGCAUUCUGCUCUUCAGCACCCACAGUUAUGUACUUUGCCGUUUUUAAUACUGGCCAAUCACCAAGACAAGCCAGCAGCUCGCUCAGUACAAGAGAUAAAAAAAUAUUUUGAACUUGAGCCACUUGCACGUGGAAAGCGCUGGAUUCUUAAACCCUGCUCCUUGGAUGAUAUGGAGGCAGUAAAAGACAGCUUCUCCCUUCUAAUAAACUUGCUAGAAGAGAGAGACUUCGAACCUUCAAGAAUGUGAAAGCCAAGAGAAAGAAGAGGUUCCCACGCAUCGCUGUACCUGCUCACUCUGUCACAGCUUAAUUGCAGCGUAGUAUCAAGGCUGAGCUGUGAUAUCUUGUUCACACAGAGUUAAUGCAGAAUGUCCUUUGGUUAAAAUAAAUGUUCUGUGAAUCAGGUACACAGCUAUUUCCAGUAAAGUUGUCUACCCUACUGAAGUAGAAAGUCCCUCUUUGUUUACCACUAUUUCUGCACACUGCAUGUUGCUUUCUUGCACUGCGAUCAUCCUUGGUAGAAAAAUUCACACGCACAAAAAUAACGUAGUCCAUAAAGGAGGAAUUACACGUGUUACCUUGAAUUUUAAAAAUAAGUAAUGUCUAAAGAAUUUAUGAGUCUAAUUUAGCUUUUUUAUUGACCUCACAUUAUGGAAAAGCACAGCCACUGAGAACCUUAAUAGGAUACCUAAAAUACAAGCAGUUUCACGUUAAUGCAAAGGUUAUGCCUGAAGUUUUACUAAGUGAAAACACAGUUGGGGUAGUGGACUCCACAAGGUAGUUGAGUGUCUUCUAAAGUCACUGCAAAACCAUCCCAGAGGCAGUAUGAUAUUUUGCUGGAAGUUUGCUGAAAAAUAAACAAACAGAUGUGCACAGAUAACAGUACUUGGGGAAAUCAGCUGACGUAAACAGGUGAUCUAAGUAAAAAGAUUUUUAGAAGUAUAUGAAAGAUUUUAGAAAUAUACAGAAGUUGAAUAAAGUAAUAAUUUUCAUUGAAAGCAGUUUUCCAUAAGAAAAGCAGAGCAAAUAUCUGUUAGUUCAUCUGUGGAGGCUUUAUUGCUAGUUAAAAGUAUAAGUGAUUUUUAAAUACUUCCUUUAUCACUCAUUCGUAGACUACUACUGUUAUUGUAACAUUGCCAAGGCAUCUAUCCAGUUAUUAAGGGUCUUCCAGUGUUUGUACUAUAAGCUUCUCUUUUCAAGGGGAUUAUCUUGUUCUUUCAAACUUCCUCUGGGCUAAAUGUUACUUAGAAGACGAAAAAGUAGUCAUUGGAGACAACAUUUGUAAUACAUUUAGAAGAAGUUGAUUUGGGUCACGUAACACAGUCCACUUUUCCUCUUUCCAUGUUUUCCCCACUGUAGAUUUGCAGUAUUUUUGCUACCUUUUGUUGAUUUUUAAAAAAACUCAUAAACUGAUUUUGUCCAUUGAAGAAACGUGCCAGGCCACUGGUUGACAGUGACAACAGGGUAUGUGCAGAUCAGUCACUGGACUGGUGCACACCUUGAAUGCUGUGCCUUGUGCAUUCAGCUACCCUUGUGCAUGAGUGUCUGCAAACACAAACUCGAGUGAGGUGUCAUUAGUUCCUCAUCAGCUCUGCUUCUGUCUUGAAACACACAAUCCCUUGUUUUUGGGGCUUUAAGCAACAUCUCUUUCCACUCUGAGCAUUUAUCUUCUGUUUGAAGUUUAUUGUAGUUCCUUACUAGUUUAUUUGGGGAUAAGAAAAUAGUAAACAUCAGCUUUUGAAGGCUCAUAAAAGCCAUUUCUCUAUUAAUUGUAAUUUUGCUCUUUGUUAAACAAAAUGUUUCUCAUACUUAUUUUAGUUUACUUUUCAUUUGCCAUUAAUUUCUUGCAUUGCUCACACUGUUGUAACUGCUUCCUAGUAUCAAAAAGAAGCUGGGAAAACUGGUAAACUCCUUGUUUAAUUUUGAGAUGGAAUAGGCAGGAAGCCUGAAGGGCAUGUCCUUGCUUUGUGUUCUCUUUCCUGUCAGGUCAAUUGUCUCACUGCUAAUACUCUGGAAACAACCAAAAACUGGAAUUAUUCAUUUUAAAGCACAGAGGAGCCCUGCUUUGAUUCAGUUCUCUCUGCACACUUUAGUCAGGACCCAGCUGCCCAUCAGUUUCUCUUGUGAGGGCUAAGGAGGUUCCCUUCCCUGGAUUUAAAGGGGAACUGGAUCUAAUUUACAUUUCCAAACUCCCUCCUUGCUGACAUGAGCUUAAAGGCUACGGAGUCCCCAGAUUUCCACACGGUCCCCAAAUUUCUGUUUUAUUUAGGGACAAUGAAAAAUAAGCAGGGAGGAGGAGUAGGAGCAUUAUUUCCAGAGAAAGCAGACAGUUUGGGGAGGCAAAAUGAGGGAUUUCAAGCUUUUACUGCUUUUUCAUUGGCCAUUAGUUAGAAGAUGUGAAAUAACAUUUUUUUACUAUUUUCCCCUGUUUUUGUUUAGCUAUGGACCAAAAGGUACAGGAAAUAAAAAUAAGCCCAACUAUAUUGCAUUCUUGAAACUGUACUUAUUUUUCUACAACCAGUGAGUUUGUCUGGUCCAAAAACUUUAAUGGCUCCAACUUUUGGUCAUGAUCUCCUGGCUAUGCACUGUUUGAAGGUGCUACAUAACUUACAUGGAAAUGCCCAAGAAGUCCUUGAUAAUGUGGUUUUGGAGAAUGCCAGUGGCCAUUUAGACUAGGACCUUUUGAUACUUCAGUGUUUUUUCUUUAGGCAAAUGUCAACUGCACAGAAGCAGUGAUUUUAAUUUUCAGAAUUAUUUUGAGUAUGCUCUUUCUUACUAAUAUAGUGAUCAUUCCUCAUCACAGGUUGAAACAAUACCUCAUAACUUCUGAAGGCUAAGACCAACACUUUACUUUGAAUGUAGUACUUCUGUGGGUUUGUGUUAUAGAUGGACUUAAUGGAUGUGUACCUUUUAAAUGUCUAUAAACAACUUCACCUUUUUAUGAGGGGAUAACAAUGUUCAUAGCAGCUCAUGUCACACUUCCUUGUCUAUAGUGUUGUUGAAUGCUCUGGCUAUGGUAGAAUAUGUAAGCACCAUGCAGUUUUUAGAUAACCAGUCUUAACUGCUUUGGUUUUUUGUUUGUUUGUUUUAAUCUUUCCACAUGUGUUUGUCAUUUAGGUGGAAUAAACUUGGGCACUAGGCUCUA